CAACACCGCUCGCUCUGCUCUGCUCUCACUCUCUCACGGAACAAUCUGAGUAGUCGCUGGAUUUUACAAGUAACCAAAUUAAAUGUGCUUUUACAUCAACAAACGCUGGACGCGCAAUUAGAGAGGUGUUAAUUAUGCGUCGCAGCAGCAGCCAGCAGUGAAAUAAUGAUGCACUCCAUCUGAGUUUGGCAGCACAGUUGUUGGAUUGAAUAUAUCGCAAAAUCGGUAAAAAUAAAAUCGUCAGAAGAAGAACAUCGAACCGAACGGAAAAAAGAAAGCGCGAUGUGCGACGGUGAAAUUGGCGAUCCGGUGACUCAGCCACGUUCAGAAGGCGGUGGAUUGUCGUCAGAGCCCCGAGCCCAGUUCCUCGAUCCGGCUGAGAAGCACCUGACCAAUGGAUCAUCCGAUCCGGAGCCUGUAGAUCCCCUUUUGGUGGCCCAGUGGUCAGUGGAGGAUGUGACCAACUGGGCCAGCUAUACAGAGAAACUCUCGAAGGUUCUUCUAGACUGCCUGCGCCAGGAGGCCAUCGAUGGCGAGGUCCUUCUCUCCCUCACAGAGGAAGAUGUCAGGGAUAUGCGCUAUCGCCUAGGCUACAAACUCACCUUUGGGGAGCUCAAGAAGUUCUGGGUAGCAGUCCUUAAACUACAACUCCUGGUCAAAAACAGCUCCGCGGAAUCCGUAAUGCUAGGCAUCGGAAACUCGGUUUACAUGCCACUGGUAACCACCGGUGGACCACCCUCUACAUCCACGUGCCCCUGCCCGCAGCCCGAGUGCCCCAGCUAUGUGUCUGAUUGCGAUACCUAUUUGCGCAUGGGCGGACGCUAUGUUCCGCCGGAAUACUUCAAGACCGCCAUGAGCUUAGGCUACUCAUUUGUGGUCACCUGGAUAACUUCGCUAACGAUGGUUAUCGUUCACGAGCGGGUUCCGGACAUGAAGCGCUAUCCUCCGCUGCCGGACAUCUUCCUGGACAACGUGCCGCACAUUCCGUGGGCCUUCAACAUGUGCGAAAUAACCGGCUCGCUGCUGUUCACCAUUUGGGUAAUUGUGCUGAUAUUCCACAAGUACCGAUUAGUUCUCCUGAGGCGAUUCUUCGCAUUGGCCGGUACGGUUUUCCUGCUGCGCUGCGUAACCAUGCUGAUCACCUCGCUAAGCGUCCCUGGAACGCAUUUGCAGUGCAGCCAAAAGGACUUUGCCAUCGAUGAUCCAAACGUGGACAUGGUGGGAGCGUUGAUCAUCCGGAUGACGCGGGCGUAUCGCAUCUGGAGCGGCUUGGGGAUGUCCAUUCAAGGCGUCCGCACCUGUGGAGAUUACAUGUUCAGUGGUCACACGGUGGCCUUGACCCUGCUGAACUUCUUUAUUACGGAGUACACUCCGCGGAAUCUGUACUUCCUGCACACGCUUACCUGGCUACUCAACAUGUUCGGCAUCUUCUUUAUCCUGGCUGCCCACGAGCACUACUCCAUCGAUGUGUUUGUGGCCUUCUAUAUCACCUCCCGCCUUUUUCUGUACUAUCAUACUUUGGCAAAUAACAGGGCCCUCAUGCAAAGCGACUCCAAGAGGACGCGUGUUUGGUUUCCCAUGUUCAGCUACUUUGAGAGCAGCGUCGAUGGUAUGGUGCCCAAUGAAUAUGACACACUGGGUUCCCUUAUCGAUGGAAUUUUUGAUCAGAUCCUUAAGGCCAAGGAUCAACUGUCCGUUACAGUAAAGCGCUGCUGGGUGGAUACCCGGCUGUCCGACAACUCAACGGAUCGUAUCUUUGGCUCCGAUUCGGAUCAAUGUCUGCACAAUGGAACGGUUACAUCCGCCUUCUUCAGUCCUCACCAGUCGGUGGUUGGAGGAUUGAGUCACCACAGCAGUAAGACGCAUUUGAAUAGUGCUCAAUCCACGGCUGCCACGUCAUCUAUUGCUUCUACGUCUGGUUCUCCGCCGGCGAACAGCUUGCAGCCACACAAGAAGACCUUCAAGGACGCCAGUGUGGACCCAUUCUCUAGAAUGACGUUUGUUGCGACCCAGGAACCAUCCAAGAAUACGCCGCUGAAGGAAAAGAAGCAGCUCUGAUUCCCACAGCCAUUCGCUCUUCCAAAUAUGUUUAUCGAUGCUGUUCUUCGAAAAGCAAACAUGCAGAAAUCAACCAUA